CCCGCUGCGGGCUCCAUGGAGCGGCUGCGGGAGGUGAAGGCCCUGCUGAAGCAGUGGGAGGCGGCGUUCCUCCGGGAGCGGCGGAGAAAACCCACCCAGGCUGACAUCGAGGCGGCUCCGGAGGACACCAAACGGCUCUACAAGGAGUAUAAGACGCUCAAGCAGCAGAGAGAGAAGUCGGAUCCCUCCCAGCUCAGCCCCUCCUGCCAACCAGCAGCCCAGGAGACCCCAACUGCAGAGCAGGCGCCGGACUCCGGUUGUUGGGGAGCACACCUGAACCGGCAGCCCAAAACCCCCGAGCUGUGUCGCCGCAGCCGCGCCGUGCCGAAAACCUCGGCUCAGUACUACGGGAUGAAGCUGAAAUCCAACCUGGGAGCUGCCGGGAAGGAGACGCCCCUAACCCCGAGGAGGACCCCAAUUCCUAAGAGGACCUUGGCUGUCCCUGAACUUCACACAAAUUCGGGGACAGGUGACAAAGCCGCGUCCCCAGCACCGGCAGAGUCUUCGCAGAGUGAGAGAGACGAGCCGGAAGAUUUCCUCCUUCCUCCCUCGGUGUCAGGGCUGGCCCCCAUCAUCCUCACCGCGGGGUUGAAGUCCCCCCCACCACCACCACCAGAUAAAUUCCAGCAGCUGAAGCGAACGGUGGCACAGAGACUGGGCUCACUGGAUCCCGCCUGGCUGCAGAGGUGCCAGGAGAUACCCGAGGAUAAAGGGACGAUGCUGGGUGCCACGCAGGCUGGGGAGGAGGGAAGGGACAGCUGGCCCCCCCCAGAGCAGGAUGGACGUGGUGGGGGAGCAUUGGUGGGAGAUUCCAGGAGGAAAAGGCCACAGGGAGACAAUGGAGAAAACGCGGCAGCUCCGGCGAAGCUCAAACGGUGCCGCCGAAGCUCGGCCGAGGGAGUGUUCAGCGCUGCCAGCAGGCUGAAACAGAGCGAUGAGGAGGAGGAGAAGAAGGAGGAAGAGCACGUGGCAGCCCAAAAGGAGAGCGGGAAGGUGUUGGAUCCUUCAGAAAACAUCCUGGGGGAGUUGGAGGAGGAGGAGGAAGAAGAGGAAAAGCCCAGACACACGCGCAAAGCCAGCGCUGCCAGAGCACCUCCACGGGGAGGCGAGAACUUCGUCAGGCUUAACCUGAAGAAAAAGUCUCACGUCCGAGGUUACGCCCUGCGGGGAAAUCGCCUUCGCAAGCAGCUGUGGAAGCAGAAGUGGCAGAAGAAAGCGGAGCAAUUCGGGGGAGGCGGCAGAUCCGCCGCCCGACGCUCAGAUGUCUGCUUCAAAUGUGGCGGGACGGGGCACUGGGCAUCGGCGUGCCGGGGUCGAGUAGAGACGGCUGCUGGCCCGCUGCCGGAGGAGAACGGCCACGCCGAUGAAGAGGAGGAGGCUCCCCUGCCUACGCUGGAAGAAGUGGCUCGUAGGACCAACACCGGCUGCAGAGAGCUCUCCGAGAGCGGAGGCAGCGACCGGGAAAAAUCUGAGAAGAUUUUGGAGGCCUCGACUCAGCUGGAUGUGUGGAGGCCGAUGGACGAGCCGCCCACUCCCCCCGCGCCCGUCGAGCCCCUCUACAGCCGUGGGCCAGAGGGGAAAGUGCAAGAGACCCCUCAGGAGGUGUUUGAGGCUCUGAAGGCGCUGGGCUACAGCUCCUUCCGCCCGGGCCAGGAGGUGGCCAUCAUGAGGAUCCUUUCAGACCUCCUGGCCCUCGUCUCCCUGCUGCAAGGGGAACGUUUCGGGCACCUGGACUCCAUCAUCAUUUACUGCACGCGGCGGGAGGAGACAAAUCGCAUCGCGGCGCUCAUCCGGACCUGCCUGCAGGGAGCCGUGGAGCCACUACGGGACGCUGCUCAAGGGAAGAAAGCAAAGGCAAAAAGCGUCCGCUGCCGGCUGAAGUGGAUCGCUGACGCUUACCAUGCCGGCCUCUCCUCUGCCGAACGCCGCCGCGUCCAGAGCGCCUUCAUGAAGGGCCAGCUCCGCGUGGUGGUGGCCACGGUGGCUUUCGGCAUGGGGUUGGAUAAGCCCGACGUCCGCGGCAUCGUGCAUUACAACAUGCCCAAAAAUUUCGAGAGUUACGUGCAAGAGAUUGGCCGGGCAGGGCGAGACGGCGAACCGGCUCACUGCCACCUCUUCUUAGACCCAGAGGGCAGAGAUCUCCAUGAGCUGCAGCGCCACAUUUACGGCGACUCGGUGGAUUUUUUCACCAUCAAGAAGCUGGUGCAGAAGGUUUUCUCACCCUGUAAGUGCCUGGAGCUGCACCAGAAACACCAGGAUGUUGUCAAGGACGGAGAGGUGGAGGAUGCCGAAAUGGCCGAGCUUUUGGAGGAAGAGGAGAAGGAUGGUGGCGGCGUGACGAGGCAGAGCAGGCAGCGCCUGUGCUACAAGCACGAGCGAGCCCUCCCCAUGCAACAAACCGUGGAGUCCCUGGACAUCCGGGAGGAAG